AUGUCUACUCUUGCGAAACAGCGAUGGAAAAUGUUGGGUGAAAUUUUAUUGAAUAAAAAUAUCGGCAACAAUGGUAACUAUGAAGAUAUAUCGGUAAUGCGUUUUAAAACCUAUGAUUUUUAUACGAAAACGUUAAACUACGAAGAAGAAGACGAAUCCACAUGGUGUACAGUUGAAUUUUCUAUUGAACCAGAUUUAAAGUUAAAUAUUCGAUUAUGUUCAACAAGAAUUGGUUAUGAAGAUUUAAUUGGAUUCAACAACACGGGAAAUACGUGUAUAUGGCCAUCAGAAGAAAUAUUAACAUAUUAUUGUCUUAAAUCAAAAAUAGCAUUUGAUUUCUUCUUUGAAGAAUUACAUGAUGAUUUCUGUCAUACAAUUCAAUUUAUGUUAAAAGAUGGGGGUAUAUCGAUUAAUUUUGCACCACAACGUUCCAAUACGUUAAAUAAAUUUCUUAAAGUAGCAAAAAAUUACUUUGAUUGUGAUCUAUAUGAUUGUUAUGAUGAUUGUGUUUGGCAAAAACAUAUUCAACAUUGCGGCGGAGCAGCUGUUCAAGGAAAUUGUCAAGUAACAGGUUGUGCUGAGGGACAGUGUUGUUCCCAAUACGGAUAUUGUGGCACAACCGCAGAACAUUGUGGAAAUGUUGCUCCAGCACCUCAAGGAAACUGUCAACAAACCGGAUGUCCAGCAGGCAAUUGCUGUAGUAGAUUUGGAUAUUGUGGACAGUCAGCUGAACACUGCCAAGGACAAUUAUGGUGGUACCAAGGUGGUCUUGAUUUAACAAACUGUAAUUGGUGUACUGGUCGUUAA